UUCACCACACCUGUUUUAUCGGUGACGUUUAAUUGUCAGAUCAGAGUGAAAGCUAGCACACUAUAAGGAAAUACUAAAAUCUUCUCCAUUCAGUUGUGGAUGUUACGUGUUGCUUUUCACCAUUUCCAUAUGUUGAAGCUGUUUCUAUUCAUCCUUUUGACGUGCUGGGUGAGAUCAGAUACAGAACAAAAAUGUGAAGAGUUCACAGAUCUUAGCAUACACAAUGCUUUAGCUGGGACAGAUCUAAAAGUGAAACUGCUAUUGUACACAAGGACAAACCAAAACUGUUCCGAGAGUCUCAGUGAAUAUAAUACAACAGCAUCUACAUAUCUGGAUGUGACCAAGAAAACUGUCUUUAUAGUCCAUGGCUUCAGACUAACAGGCUCUACGCCAAUAUGGCUGAACGACAUAAAAGAACUUCUGCUGUCUUUAGAGGACGUUAACCUCAUCAUAGUAGAUUGGAACAGGGGUGCUACAACUAUAAUUUAUCCUAAUGCUGUCCACAACAGCAGACGAGUUGCAGAAAUCUUGAAGAAAUAUAUUGACCAGAUGUUGGCAGUUGGAGCUUCUCUUGACUCUAUUUAUAUGAUUGGAGUUAGCCUUGGGGCUCAUAUAGCUGGAUUUGUUGGAGAGAUGUAUAAUGGUAAACUUGGAAGAAUUACAGGUCUUGACCCAGCUGGCCCUUUAUUCAGUGGAAAACCACCAAGUGAGAGAUUGGAUCAUACAGAUGCACAGUUUGUUGAUGUCAUUCAUACUGAUAUGGAUGUUUUCGGCUACAGGAAACCUUUAGGAAAUAUCGAUUUCUAUCCAAAUGGAGGAGAAGAUCAGCCUGGCUGUCCAGAAACACUGUUUAGUGGAUCUCAGUUUGUUAAAUGUGACCAUCAGAGAUCUGUUUUAUUGUUCCUGUCAUCCCUGAGAGGGAGUUGCAACAUAACAACAUACCCUUGUGAUUCAUACUUGGAUUAUAAGAAUGGAAAAUGUGCCAACUGUGAAGCUUUUCAACCAAUGCCUUGUCCAGUACUGGGUUAUUUUGCUGAUAAAUGGAAAAACUAUUUAAUCCAAAAAGACCCUCAGGAGACAAAGGCUUAUUUUGAUACCUCAGGCCAAGAACCGUUCUGCAUGUAUUACUACUUUGUGGAUCUUAUUACUUGGAACAAAAGCAUUAGGAGAGGUUUCAUUAGAAUUAAAAUAACAGACAAUGCUGGAAACACAACAGAAUCAAAAAUGAAUAGUGAAGCUACUACAUUUCAGCAGUAUAGACAAGCCAGUAUCUUUGUUGGAUUUUAUGAGGAUUUUGACAAAAUAUCAAGAAUUUCCUUGACUUAUUCUACAAGGACUCUAAUUGGCCCAAAAUAUAAGCUCAGGAUUCUCCGAAUGAGGCUAAGAUCUAUUACAAAUCCAGCAAGGCUGCAGAUGUGCAGAUAUGAUUUUGUACUUCUGGAAAACAUCGAAACAACCUUCAAGCCUAUUCCAUGCCAAGAGAGGGACAAGUAAAGAGAGCAUCUGCUAACUUGCUUUCUUCUGUAGACAAUAUCAUGUUUAAUUCUUUCUUAGGACGAAGGCCUGCAGUGAGGAGGGAAAUGAGUCAAAACAGGCUCAGUUUCUGAAGUCGGAAUCAUAAUCUUCAUUGCUUCCUUUGGGUAUCAGAGUGAAGUUCAACAACCAGUUCAGUCAAAUUUUGAAAACAAAUGUAUGAUGGCAGAACACAUACAAUGAUCUAUUAGCCAUUAGUCGUAAGUAGCAAGAAUACUCCAGGAGUACUCUGAAUUAAAUAUAACUAUCUGCGCUGAUCAUGGCACGUUAGUUGUCAUGUAAUAUAAAUGAUAUGAAAAAUAUUAUAAAAAAUUACAAGACAUAAUUAUCUCUGUGAAUUUAAUAUGCUACACAGAUUAUAUACAAACUAAAUAUACAGCAAUUAUGGAAUAUUAUAUUCACUGAAUAAAUAAUUUGUAUUUAUUUUGUUAUGUGAUGCUUCUAUUUUUGGAAACCAGAAAAAUAGUUGAUAUUUGUGCAAAUUUAUGUAAAUUUGCUGUUUAAAGCAAUUCUCUGAUCUCCAGUGUCUUCUGUAGGUGACUAUUAUUACAAAUCUUUAAGUGUUUGUCUAUUAAUGGAAAUGGACAAGAGAUUGGCAUGCAGGUUUGAAGAAAUUGGAAUGUCUGCUUAUGGCUUGUGUUAUACAGAAAGUCAGACUGGAUGAUCACAGAGUCUUGGAAUCUAUGAAGCUUUGAAUAUACUUACAGAGAAAUUGUGUGGCAUUAGGAAUAGUGUCUACAAUUACCAGAUUUUACUGCUAGGUGGUAUGAAAUAGGUAUAGAACUCUGCACAUACACAGCUGUCUGUCUACAAAUCUGUUGUACCCAUGCCAGUAAUGCUCACUGAAUGCCUAUGUAUAACUGCUACCUUUUCUGUUAUUGUGUAGCUCCAGUUUUGCAGAGUGCUUGAAAGACAUUAGAUUAAAUUUAGAAAUAUUGUAAUGAAAUAUUUUUACUCACUUGAUCUUAAAACAUAACUUCUAUUAUUUUGCUUAUAGUUGUGUUUUAACAGUAAUGGAAGAGUCUAACCAUCAGAAAACAGAUAUGUUCCAAGAGUGAAUUUAGAAUCUUUAGUUAGGCAAUAUAUUGCAGUAAUGCCAAAGAGACCUAAUUAGCACUUACUUGUAGUAAUGUACUUAACAUUGUGUUUUAGCCAUAUGCUAAGUGGUUUGGGAGGUUUAAUGCAGUGUUUAUGUUUAGCACUUACUAAUUCACAGGAGGAGAAAAUUGAUAAAUGACAGUUUAUUGCAACUCAAUUUCUGAUGUCAAUUAAUUUCAAUGAAAUUAAUCCAAAUAUAAUCUGAUUUAGCUGAAUCCACGUUUUCUCCUAACUAUAACAUUUCAAAAAAAUAUCAUGAUGAAAAUAUAGGGAGAAACUCAUUCUAAAUUGACUAGGGAAUGGAGUCAGUAAAGGAAAGAUUAAAUAUACUGAAGAUAUUCUAAUAGUUAUAUCACUAUUAUUUAACAGUGUCUUGAAGUAUGCUAGGUUAAGAACAAUUUUCACAGACGUGUGAGUAACUUUGCACACAUGAACUAUCUCACUCAUUGCCAGGGGAUGUGGUGAAGGCCAAAAAUA